UUUUUGUUGUGAGAUUAAGUUUCCAUGAGCAUUAGCUCAGAAACAGAAACAAUGGCUGGUCCCGGCAAAUGUUUUCUGGUGACGGGUCCUCCUGGUGUGGGAAAAACCACUCUUAUUAUGAGAGUGUUUGAGUCCCUCAAAGCCUCUAAUCCCACUCUCAAAGUUCAAGGCUUCUACACUCGUGAAAUUCGACGCUCCGGUGAAAGGGUUGGUUUCGAAGUGGUCACUCUCGAUUCUCGCACUUGCCCACUUGCCUCUGUCAACGUUUCAACCCCUGAGUCUCUCAGAUGGCCUAGUGUUGGCAAGUAUAAAGUUGAUGUAGCAUCUUUCGAAUCACUAGCACUGCCCGAGUUAAAGGUAAAAGAAGACACUGAUCUCUUCAUCAUUGAUGAAGUUGGUAAGAUGGAGUUAUACAGUUCGUCAUUCUUCCCUGCAGUUCUAAGAGUUUUGGAAUCAAAUAUCCCACUUUUGGCUACCAUUCCAGUUCCAAAAUUCGGUAGAGACAUACCUGCAGUUGCAACGUUGCGGAAUCAUGCAGGGGCAACUUGUUUUACAUUGAGUGUUAGUAACAGAGAUGCUGUUAGAGAACAAAUACGCUCACUAUUGGAAGAUCUGUUGAUAAAAUACUAGUCACAGCAAGUCUGUGGUCUGAACUCAUAGUGUGUAUAAGUUUGAAAGAGCAAAUCUUGUUGAUCCAGUGUUAAACUUUGUUAAAUGAAAUGAACAUUGCUGAUACGAUGGUGUUAGAUGUCAAUACACUUGUGGAUAGUAAUCUGGAUGGUAUCUUUUAGUUUUUACUUUGUCGCGUUCAAGAGUUAAGACAUUUUAAUCAUCCAGUUUAUAUAUUUA